UUCAAAGCCGAUAGUUAAAACAAUAAAUGAUCUCCCUCAGUGGAGAUGUAAUAGUCUGCAGGUAUUCUUCAGAGGAAACCAGUCUUUAUUAAACAGUCUUACUGGCGCAGGUGGGCUGCCAAAGGGGAAAUGUUCGGGCGGAAAAUGCCAAGUAAGCAGAACUGUUGGGGAAUCCACACAUUUUUAACCAUCCACCACGCUUUUAUCGCAUGCGAGCGCUGGGGUCGCGCUCUUCUUUGAAUACGCUUAACCUUUAAGUUUCAAACCCCAGCGGUUCUUAGAUUUCCCUCAGGGGAUAAUUACGCAGCGCGAGGGGAGGUGACGUCCUAUUACUUUGGUUCCAAAUAUUAGUAAAUGCCACUAGAGUGACAGACAGUAGGGUUGGAGUGGAGAGAGCAACGGAUGUCCAAACCGACGAUCCGGAGUGAUGAAGAAGAGGUCUUGGGGAUGCGGAGGAAAGGAAACGUUCCUCUUCAGCGGUUGCUCAGUAACUGAAUCGUAAAAGAGGACAGAACAAUGAGCCGAGAUGGAUAAGACUGGAUAUAUGUGAAGAUCAACGUAUUACCCUGCUGCUGCUGAACAUUGCGGGAACAUUUUGGUCACUUCUUCAAAAAGAUUAAUUGCAGAUCUUCAACGUGGAUCCACUGCACCAAUCAGGUUUUAAUGGUAUGGGAUAUGGACCAGACUGCAGCUCCAAAAUGAGAAGUCUGUGGGUCGGUGUUGUGUUCAUGACUUUAACCUGCCGUUUGAGCCUCUCACAGUCCACUACAGGGACUCCUAAAGAGUCAGAGCUCAAUGAUAACAUCACAGUGUUCACACGGAUCCUGGAUGGAUUGCUGGAUGGCUAUGAUAACAGACUGCGACCUGGGCUGGGAGAGAAAGUGACAGAAAUUAAGACCAACAUCUUUGUCACCAGCUUUGGUCCAGUGUCAGAUACUGAGAUGGAGUACACCAUUGAUGUGUUUUUCCGUCAAAGCUGGAAAGAUGAACGUUUGCGUUUUAAGGGGCCAAUGGAGAUGCUACCUUUGAAUAACCUGCUGGCCAGCAACAUCUGGACCCCUGAUACUUUCUUCCUUAAUGGCAAAAAAUCCAUCGCUCACAACAUGACCACACCAAACAAGCUGCUGAGACUGAAGGAUGAUGGGACAUUGCUGUACACCAUGAGAUUGACUAUAUCAGCAGAGUGUCCCAUGCAGUUGGAGGAUUUUCCUAUGGAUGCUCAUGCCUGCCCCCUCAAAUUUGGCAGCUAUGCCUACCCUAUCUCUGAAGUGGUGUAUAAGUGGACUCAAGGCGCAGCCAAGUCUGUGGUUGUGGCGGAGGAGGGGUCACGCCUCAACCAGUACCAUCUGAUUGGCCAGACGGCUGGUACGGAAGACAUCAGCACAAGUAGAGGUCAAUACACAGUCAUGAUGGCCCAUUUCUACCUGAAGAGGAAGAUUGGCUACUUUGUGAUUCAGACAUACAUGCCCUGCUUUAUGACUGUUAUCCUGUCCCAAGUCUCUUUCUGGCUGAACCGUGAAUCAGUCCCUGCCAGGACGGUCUUUGGUGUGACCACAGUGUUGACCAUGACCACGCUCAGCAUCAGUGCCCGCAACUCUUUACCCAAAGUGGCAUAUGCCACUGCCAUGGACUGGUUCAUCGCUGUUUGUUAUGCCUUUGUGUUCUCAGCACUCAUUGAGUUUGCUACAGUCAACUAUUUUACAAAACGCAGCUGGGCAUGGGAUGGAAAGAAGGCCUUGGAAGCCCAGCAGCCCAAAAAAAAAGACCCAUUGGCACUCUCCAAGAAGCCAAACAAUGCCUGUUCAUCCAGAGUGAACUUCACCCCCAACAUCACAAAGGAUGCAGGUAUCUCCACCAUCUCUAACAGCACCGCUGUUCAGUUGAAGAGCGCUGAGAGCAAGCCUGCAAUGGAUCCCAAAAAAACCUACAACAGUGUCAGCAAAAUUGACAAGAUGUCCCGGAUUGUGUUCCCUGUGCUUUUUGGGACUUUCAACCUGGUUUACUGGGCCACAUACCUCAACAGGGAACCAGUGAUUAAAGGAGCUGUUUAGCCCACAUAAAAUGGUUGUCCCCACAACGCAGAUCCCUUUGCAUCCUCUUUUUCUUCAUCACUUCAAUAUUAAAUGACAAACUGACCCAGCAAGAACAAUGCCAAACACUUAUUUACUGCACCUCUCACAUCACUACUCUAUAAGUGGAGCGCAUCUGUUGAAUUUCCAUUCUGAAAUCAUAAAUUGCAUGAUUCCAAGCUCUUUGGAAAUAUUGUUGCCAUAUAUGCCUUGACUUUCUACUUUAUAUGCCCCUGUACUAGGAUUUCAUUGGUUAAUUAUUGCAUUCAUCUUACAAUGACAUGAGCUCCACACAGGCUGCCAUUUCAUUAAUGAAAAGGUUUCCAAAGGACCUGAGCAAAAAAUAAUGCAUUUGGCAUCAACAUAUAUAACUGAAUCAAAAAAGUACAGCAAGGCCAAAUGCUAUGCAAAAACACAGUUUUUCUACUGUAUUAUGAUUAGUAAUUGCUUAUAAUGAAACCCUUGCUUUAUAUGAAUGGACUUCUUUAAGUUUUGUAGCUUUACCAUCAGUGAUUUUGUUUAAGGUACACAGAUAGCCAUGCUAAAUCUGUUGCCUUCAGAGGAAAACUUAAUAUUGAGUGCACUGGAAUGUCCUGCAAUUACUUCUUUAUAAGACAAGUUUGAUUUUGCUUUCAUUUGCAGUUUUUCUGGGUUUUUUUUGAACUAGCUAAAUAGCAUUGUGCACCCUAGAGGCAGCUUUUCACACUUUCUUCUGCAAAGUGAACAAGGUCAGGUUGCAGCUAAGACUUUCAAAUAAUUUGUGUAUAGCUUGUUGAUGCUUUGCUUUAAUGUAGAUGCGGCUUAACAUUAGCAAGAAAGAGCUGAAAAUGGUUCUGCUAUGCUAUUCUAAUGUGCAGUCAAAGCAACAUGAAUGCAAGCUAGCUCACUGGUGGUGAAAACGCAGAUUGUCUUGUGAAAUAUAGGCUUUGAUAGAAUAUGGUAUUUCUUUACAGUUAAUCAUUUUUAACACAUGGAUUUUCAUGCUGUUUAGGCAACACACUUUCUCUGUGCUGUGUUUUGGUCUGUGGUUUUUGAUUACCUGGAUCAAAAUGAGAAGAGCAAAAGCCUUAAAUGUUGACACCCAGGAGAAACAUAAGGGAAUUAUUCAAAGUAAAAAUAUCAGGUUUAAAAGGUCUGAAAAACAAUAUGAAAGAAAAACUUACACAUAGAAUAAAUGUACAAGGUUAAAAUAAAUGCACCAUUAUUCAGAUACAAAAAAUGUCAAGAGGCAGAAUAUAUAUAUUCUAUAUAUAAAAAUUGAGAAAAGAACAGUGGCCUUUUUUAGUGCAAAAGAGAAACUCGGAAAGACUGUAAUUAUUCUAUUCUGAACUUGUUACAUGAAAGUGAGAUGGCUUAAAGAACUAAAUGACCCCAUGGAUGCUGUGUAGGUCAUUAAGGGUGUGUUCACACUUGACAGGUUUGGUUCGAUUAAAACAAACUCUGGUGCAAUUGCUCUGUUAGUGCGGUUCAUUUGAACAAGUGUGAACGCUGCCAUCCGAACCUUGGUGCGCACCAAACAAGCAGACCAAGACCCUCUGAAUAGUGGGUCUCGGUCCGCUUCCAAACGAACUCUGGUGCAGUUCGAUUGAUAUAUGAACGCAACAUGGACCAAAGACGUCUAAACCAAAAACAGGAAGUAAUUUGCCUAAUACUUACCUCAAGCAUACCUGGUUCUUCUCAUCAUAGGAGCUAUGUUGCCCAUUAUAGUUCGGUACAGGCGUCGGAACCGCCGUCAGCCGUCCUUGCAGCAUAUCUUUGUUUGUGUGUGAAACGGAGGAAUUCCUGGCGCUGUUUUGACUCCUUUACACAUAGCUCUUCGUUUGUUCUCAGCUGGUAAAAAUACCACAUAUAUACAUAUAUAAAUCCAACGAGCGCAUUUAGCCCAGCAGCCAGCAUUGUUUUGGAUGUUCGGCAAGUUCCAUCGCAAAAUAUACAUCAUAAAAGCUGUCCAAUCAGGUUGUGACUUUUUCCUGAUGCCUUUUGUUUCGUAUCUUUAGCUUCGGUGUUAAAAAUGCUAGUGUGAACGCUAAGCAAACCAGGACUAAAUGUAUCAUUUUCUUUUUUGGUCUGGACCAAGAGAACCGAACUACAAUUGUGAACACACCCUAAGAGGCAAACUACAAGAGCCAUUAAGCGUUGCUCAUUUGUGCAGUACUCAGGCCUGCAAGAGACAGAAUUCAGCAAACUAACUGAAACAGAGAUAUUUGAAAGAAACAUGAGAGAGUGAGUAAUGUGCCCUUUUACAACAAUGGAUUAUUCCAGAAAUGUACAGCUGUUCCUCAAAGCAUACAUGUUUGUUUUAAGUAAUAAAUUCAUGCCUGAUAUGUUUCUUGACUAAGUUCUGAUUACUCUGCUCUAGGGUCAUAACUGUUUAGUGACAGUGGAAACCAGUCUAAUUUACACCCAGGGAGGAAAUGUUCAUGCUCAGUUAAAGGAAAAAUAAUCAAGAUUUCCAUUGUUAUCAAAGGCUUAUACAGCAUUAAAUUGCCUGGGCAGAACUGUAUUUACUUCAGAAAUGGUAUGCCAAUCAUUUGCUUUGAUUAACGCCGGACUGUGUGGCAUGAGAGGUUUUUGUGUUUAUUGGGUUCACAGGCCCAUGGCAAUAAGAUUGUGUGCAUGAAGCUUAGCAUGAUGUUUUCCUAACGGAACAGUUGCUGCAGAAGCCACUGUAACUGUGGAAGAAGGUUUCUACAGAUUACUACUGGGAUUAUACAAAACACACAUUUGCACAAACAUCAAGACUAGAGUUCCUGGAGCAGUGAGAAUGCUGAAUCCUUCCUCUGGUCCUGUGUGCCGGCAACAUCUGGCCCACAUCUGUUUGUGUAGGAUUUAGCUCCACUUAAGUUGCUUUUUUCCAACCAGUGCUCCUAUACAUGGUACCAAUUUAAACUAGCACCAGUGCAGCCAAAUGACUGUCAUCUUUCUGCAAUGUGUGAUGCCAAAUCAUUAUGGGUGCAUUUGAAACAGAUUUGGAUUUGAAGAUGUACUGUACAUUGGAAAUUCUAUUUAAAUAUGUGUAUUCUGUGUUACAUUUUGGUGUAGGUCAUCCAUCCUUAUAUGAAAUCUUUCGCUUAAGCUUUAUGAAUAUUAAGCAAUGCUGUUAUUAUGUUUGUCAAUGUCUGAGUCACUGUGACAUUUAUUUGACAUGUCAUGCUCUUGUUAUGGGCUUUCUGAAAGACUUAACUCCAUUUUAAUACAUGUAAGGCAAGUGUAAACCAC